AUGAUUAUAUUAAAGGGCGACCAAGCAGAUUUUACAGAGAGAGAUAGCAGAGGUGAUUUGGUGCACGAUGAGCCUUACCUACCGAGGUAUUCAAUUCAUGGGAUUAGUGGGGCGAUAGCGGAGUCCGGGGAGGCAGCGCAGACAGCCCAAACAGCGCAACCACAUCAAUCAGGGCACACCAAUCAAAUGGUUCAAACGGGCGAUCUCAGGCCGCUCCUCCCUAUACACGCUCCUUAUCACAAUACACGGGACAGAACUACUGCCGCGCCUUACAAUCCAGUCGUUGCUGGUGUUGGUUCUGGUUCAGGCACAGGCAACGGCACAGCCACUGCCACCCCCUCAUCCACCCACCUAGCUCCCUCUGACAGUCUUAUCAACCCAUUCGCUCACCCCGACGACGACGACUACGACUCACGCGACUCACGCUCCUUGCUGAUUGCUGCUGCUCAGCUACAAAGACCUUCUGCUAAGCGAAGAACGAGGAAGAGGUUCUUCAUCGCUCUGGCCUGGGCUUUGUCGGUGUAUGUUGCUAUCGGCGCUAUUCUCGGUCCAAUCCUGGAGCACUACCUCAAUGACAGCACUCCAACUGUUUCCAACGAAUCUGACGCUAGCUACAGUCUCCCAUACGGUCUCAGUGCAAAUAGGUCAUCUGUUUCUUCCAAAUUGGCUUUGCAGGGCUUUUCUGAGCUCGUUCUGCUGCCUGCGUCGGGUAAAAUUGACAUUCAACUGCCACCAUCUGUCAACGGCAAGGUUAAGGUCGAACGCUCACCUAAGAAUGAAACUGAUAAAGACGGUAACCCAACAGCUCCCUCCAAGGAAACUUCCUUUUGGGCUCAGUUUACUCUGCCAAAAUCUGUAGACGCUGUCAUGUCUAAACAUAGUGAAUCACUCAUAGCACACCUCUUAGUCCCACUCCAGCCACUUCAACUUGUUUUACCUCUCCAACAGCCACCAAGUGGUAUUAGCAAUACUACUUGGUAUAAUGGUGGUGAUGACAGUGAUGAUAAAGGUGACGAUAAGGGUGAUGAGAAGGAUGAUGAUAGGGAUGAUAGGAAUGAUAGUCAUAAUGACUCGGACUCAGACUCAGACUCAGACUUAGACUCACUCCCAAUUGCCCCUUCUAAUAACACUCACAACUCUACAAACACCUCAAAUCAAACCAGGCGUUCGUUACUCCCCCCACACACCCCCAUCGACGUCGUCAGCCACCCUUCCGCUCCCACCAAAUGGCACCGUGCUCUUUGUCCCCUUAUUAGUCCAAUUGGCGGUUAUAUACCCACCUUCCUGCCAUGCACCCAGAUUAACAAUAUGCGCGCUCAAAUUUGGUCUUCCUAUCAAAAUGAAUGGAGCGAGCGUUACAAGCACAGCAAAGAUCUCGAUAUUGCCUCCACACUCCCAUCACACAACUCAAGACGCAGAGCAAUCACAAGUGACCAACUCAACGCAACAACCCACAAUGUUUCAGAUGAUGAUCAUGUAGGACAGAUAGAAUUCAGUCCUGGUGGUGACGAGACAGAGGAGUGGGCCUCUUUAGUAGUUGAGUCGCUUAACCAAAACGAGACGGGAGGUUUGAAUAUAACGGUUGAUGAUCCAUUCGGCAAUGGCACAUCUACAGUGGAUGUGGUUCCCGCCUGUGGUGACUGCUACGCUGAUGCGGCAAUCACGCUCUACCUUCCAGCAAACGUGCCAGCGUUAGACCUGUCAAUCAGUACGCACUCGCGCGACAUGGGCGUGUUCGUCAGCGAUCUCACUGACGUCCUCUUUGACACGGUUCGGGUGGAUCUCGACAGCGGUAAUGUGGCAGUCGAGGAUCUCAACGCUACCACGGCUACCAUUGACACGCGUAAUGGGACUAUCGUUGGUACUUUCUCUACUAACUCGUAUCUCACUAUGAAUAGCACCACUUCAACUAAUGCCACAGUCUCUUUAUUCGAAAAACCCUCCGUAUACGCUAGUGAUGCGUACAUAAACGCUUACUCGUCUAAUGGUUACUCUACCCUCACCAUCAAUGGUACUGCGCUGAGAGAUGAUGUCUAUGUUAAUGCGGAUGGUAAACAAUCUUCUCAACUUGACUUACCAGUUGAUUAUACUGGCAAUUUUGGCGUUAAGGCGAAGGACGCGGAUGGAAUGGCCAUAUUGAAUAUCCAGAACUCAACCAAAGUGGUGAGAAAUGGUAUCGGAGAGAUUAGAAACACGAACCAGGAACAGGAUCCAUACGAUGGACAUAUAGACUGGGAGUGGUCGACAACUAUCUCCGAAGGCAAUUAG